GGAAUAGUCUUGGCCGUAGGUGAGGUUGGCCUCGCUUGUUCCGGCUGAAAUUUGGCUCGGGGGUGAGGGGUUCGCAGCCCUUUUCCAACUCCGUUGUGGUUCCUCUCCACCAUCCCCUUCUUACAAAAGCCAUUGACACAUGCAACCAAGCUUUUCCUGGUCUGUUUUCUUUCUGGGUUUAGCUCUCUUCUUCUUCUUCUUCUUAAGGAACCCCCCUCCUCCUCCUGACAAAAUGGCAGAGGAGACGCCCAAAUCCAUCUAUGAUAUCACUGUUAAGGAUAUAAAUGCCAACGAUGUGAACCUGAGCACAUACAAUGGAAAGGUUCUUCUCAUUGUUAAUGUUGCUUCUAAAUGUGGAUUUACUCAUUCCAACUAUAAGGAGAUGAAUAUUCUAUAUGAGAAGUACAAAGAUAGAGGAUUUGAGAUACUGGCAUUUCCGUGCAACCAAUUUGGUGGCCAAGAACCUGGAAGCAAUGAGGAAAUUCAAGAGGUUGCCUGCACAAUGUUCAAAGCUGAGUUCCCCAUAUUUGAUAAGGUUGAAGUGAAUGGGAAACAUGCUGCACCCCUCUAUAAGUACUUAAAAUCACAGAAAGGUGGGUUCCUGGGGGAUAGUAUCAAGUGGAACUUCACAAAAUUUCUUGUGGACAAAAAUGGGAGAGUUGUGGAGAGAUAUGCACCAACAACGUCACCCUUGAAAAUAGAGAAGGACAUUCAAAAACUAGUGGAAAGUUCAUGAAUCCAGGACCUUGUUGUCUCAAACCUUUAUAUGAGUAACACGAGGGUAUGCGUAUAAUACUUAAUAAAUGACUGACACUCUUGAAAUUGUAUGACUACUAUGAGGUUAUGGAAAUUAUAUUAGUUUUGCAAAGUGCUUUUUAAUAAAGUACUCUUAUUUAAGUAA